AUGGACCGGAAUGGAUCCGAUACCGAGCGUCGUCUGCAUGCCAUAGAAGCUGCUUUUGAGCGUGAGCGGCAACAGCGUGAUCUACUGAAGAAGAAGUACGCUCGUUUGAAACGGCGUUACGUGCGGCUGGAGCGCUCGCACAGCCGCCUACUGAUGGAGAAGCAUGGGAAUAUCAAUAGAGUGGAGACGCCCAUUGCUAAUUUUGAGACACCAAGCAGCGUGGAGUCUACACUGAGUUUGCAGUCGUCAACGUUUGCAGUAAUAGAUCUCACUAGUCCAUGUGCUGGUACCAGCUCUGCAGUGACAAGCAGUAGUGGAUCGCUGGUUAGUGUAUCUAGAGAAAUGCAAGGCUCACAGCUAAAUUUCCUGUCGAGAGAUGAUAUCUGUAGUGAAAGCCCGAGCUCGUCAAUAGGGUCUCCAGAGGUAGUACCGAGGGGAUCCCAUAGUAAUGAGGAGCAGGAAGAGAGAAAGAUGGACGAGGAAGAGGAGGGUAUUGAUAGGGAAACCUGGCGACGCAGCAACAGGUUAUACUCGACCCCUGUACCUCGGAGACGUGUGCAUUUAGACUCCACUCUUCCGCGACGUCUCACUGAUUCUCAUCGUGUGCUAUCAAGUCCACCGCGACGGAUGCAGCUGUAUGGACUGCAGUCGGAUCAUUCAACCAGCUCGCACAGCUCUCCGCAGUCAGCACAUUCCAUGACUACCAAUAGUGGAGAACCUCGUACACGAACCCGUCCGCGACUUCAUCUGCACGAUCAUUCGCCCGAACAAACUGCCGCCCGUGCUUAUGGAUACGAACUGGAGCAAGAACUGGAGCCUCGCGCUCAUCGUCAUGAGCGAUACCGCUGGGCGUCUGAUUUAUCACCGGAGCCUUCCGUACCGUCUCCUGUGGUAUCCUCACCACUGGUGCCAAGAAACCCAUCGUUAUUGCCACCGACUGUUCCUCUGCCUGCGUCUCAUCCCAGAGCACAGAACAACGAGGAGGCUUCGCUUGCAUUGGCUAGAUAUCUACAACAACAAGAGAAUAUUGCGGCCUAUGAAGAGUACGAGACUCGCUUGUAUCUUGGGGCCGUUGAGCAAGAAUACAGCCAGCGAUUUCACCAUCCCGCAAGCUCAUUACUUUCGGGUGUGGCCGGCCACCAGCGCAACAUCGACCCGGACAAUAUGACCUAUGAAGAACUUCUAAGGCUUGGUGAAGAGGUCGGAGACGUGAAGAAGGAGCGGUGGCGACGGAUGGCUAUGCAGGUACUAUCGAGCCUCCCAAUCCAUCACUGGACCCGCGGUCACGUUGAAGACACAUGUAUCAUCUGCCAGUACGAUUUCAUGCAAAACGAUCGAGCCAUGACCCUUCCGUGUGCUCACGUAUUUCAUGAAGAUUGCGUUGGUGACUGGAUUCGUGAAAAUAACAGUUGUCCUCUCUGCAAGCGGGAAAUUGCUCCAAUUUAA